AUGUUCAUUUUCGGUUUGAUUGGAUGUCUAUGGAAUAUACUUAUAUUCCGUCAUCAUUCACUUCGUUUAAGUUCAUGUUGUGUAUAUAUGUCAAUUGGUUCUUUAGCUAGUUUAAUUCAGAUAAUAUUUGGUUUAUUAAUGCGAAUCUUAACUGAUGGUUUUCAUAUUGAUUGGACAGUAACUAAUAUAGUAUGGUGUAAACUUCGAAGUUAUAUAGCACAAUGUGCAUCUUUAACAACUCUCUCAUGUUUUGUAUGGGCUACGAUUGAUCGAUUUUUUUCUACAUGUCGUCAAAUAAAAUGGCGUUAUUUUAAUUCAGUAUCUAUAGCAAGAAAAGUUUGUUUAUCAACAAUAAUUAUAUGGAUGUUAACAUCUAUUCCAACACUUAUUUAUAUGAAACCUAUACAAGAAAGACAAUUUUGUGGAAGUUCAUCAUUUAUAUAUUCAAAAGUAUUAACUUAUUUUAUUAAUCUAUUUUGUUAUGGAAUAUUUCCAUGGUUAUUUAUGAGUAUAUUUGGAAUAUUAACAUUAAAAAAUAUUCGUCAUACUCAUAUACAACGUAUUAAUCCAUUAAGAUCGGCAAUGUUAACACGUAUGGCACGUAUUAAUAAUCAAUUAACAUCAAUGUUAUUUUUACAAAUAAUCAUAUCUAUUAUAUCAUCAAUACCUUAUUGUAUACAAAAUAUUUAUGAAAAUAUAACACAAACAAUAAUUAAAAGUGAAUGUCGUCGUGCACAAGAAAAUCUAUUUCUUCAAAUAGUUCGUCUUGCUUUUUAUUUUAAUUAUAUAUCAAUGUUUUAUGUAAAUUAUUUAUCAUCACCAAUAUUUCGACGUUUACCAAAAAAAGUUUUAAUGAAUUUAUUUAAGAAUAAAAAUGAUGUAUCAAGAGACAUAACAAUAAUUAAUCAUCAAGGAAGUGACAAAAUAAUGGAACGAAAAACUUUGAAGAUUCAGCGGGUUCAGAUACCCUAUACAAUAUCGUGUGUUUAA